AUGGUUUGUUUUUACGCCUCUCAAGCGUACAUAUCAAUCAAUAUUGUAACCUUUCUUCUCAUCUCUCGAUGGCCAUCUUCAACUGCAAAAUCCAUCAUUGGUAUCCAUCUACCAAUGGAAGCAACGAAAUGCCCAUCUCCGCCCUUGCUGAUAUCAAAGGCUUGUAAAGGCACUGCCUCUAUCUCCUCCCAAGAAGAAGCAUGUAUCCAAGCGCUAACCUCAAAUCACCGUACGAACUCCGCAUCGACUGCAUUGGAGUUGGCUAAGGCCGCCCUGUCUCUGGCCGUGGAGAAGGCUGACCGCACAAUGAUUCUCAUCGGUUCUCCGAAGAAGCCAUGUUUCAAGAGUUGUGUAGAAAACUAUAAGGGUUCUGUUCUUGAGGGGCUAAAGAAGGCAGAGUGGUCGAUGGAUAAAGGUGACAUGGAUGAGACCGAUGAUCAGCUUAGUCUCGCACGUGACGCCGCUGACUACUGCCAUAUGAUUUUGUCGGUUGAUCCAGACGAUACAAGAUCUCGAGUUUUUUCAGCCAACAAAGAUGUGUAUAAUUAUAUUACAUUUGCCAUGAGUGUGGCGGACUUGUUGUAG